GAAACUGGCGGCAGCUGCUCUCACUCCCCUCCUCUCACCCGCCCCUUAAAGGCUUUGAUUACUCGGGAGAGAGGAGAGAUCCAGCUCCCAGUUCUAGCUGCAGACUGACCCAAAAAGCAGUGCCAGGAUUGAACUUAGCCAUGGAUCUGAAGGACAGCACCAGCGAGGACAGCAUGGGCAGCCUGCAGCCCUCCAGCAUCCAGAUCUUUGCCAACACCACCACGCUCCACGGGCUCCGCCACGUCUUCGUCUACGGCCCGGUGACCGUCCGGCGCCUGCUCUGGACCUUGGCCUUUGUGGGCUCGCUGGGGCUGCUCCUGGUGGAGAGCUCGGACAGGGUGGCUUUCUACUUCUCCUACCAGCACGUGACCAAAGUGGACGAGGUGGUGGCCAACAGCCUGGUGUUCCCCGCCGUCACCAUCUGCAACCUCAACGAGUUCCGCUUCUCCCGCCUCACCACCAACGACCUGUACCACGCCGGGGAGCUGCUGGCCCUGCUCGACGUCAACCUGCAGAUCCCCAACCCCCACCUGGCCGACCCCGCCGUGCUGGCCAUCCUCCAGGAGAAGGCCAACUUCAAGCACUACAAGCCCAAGGUGUUCAGCAUGCAGGAGUUCCUGGCGCGGGUGGGCCACGACCUGAAGGAUAUGAUGCUGUACUGCAAGUUCAAAGGGCAGGAGUGCAACCACGAGGACUUCAAAACUGUGUUUACAAGAUAUGGGAAAUGCUACAUGUUCAACUCAGGAGAAGAAGGGCGGCCUCUCCUCACCACAGUGAAGGGUGGGACAGGCAAUGGACUGGAGAUCAUGCUGGACAUCCAGCAGGAUGAAUAUUUGCCAAUCUGGGGAGAAACAGAGGAGACGACGUUCGAGGCUGGAGUCAAAGUCCAGAUCCACAGCCAGUCCGAGCCACCCUUCGUCCAGGAGCUGGGCUUUGGGGUGGCCCCUGGAUUCCAGACCUUUGUGGCCACCCAGGAGCAAAGGCUGACGUACCUGCCUCCACCGUGGGGUGAAUGUCGCUCGUCGGAAAUGGGCUUAGACUUCUUUCCCGUUUACAGCAUCACGGCCUGCAGGAUCGACUGCGAGACCCGCUACAUCGUGGAGAACUGCAACUGCAAAAUGGUCCACAUGCCAGGGGAUGCUCCCUUCUGUACCCCGGAGCAGUACAAGGAGUGCGCGGAGCCCGCGCUCGGUUUGCUUGCUGAGAAGGACAGCAACUACUGCAUCUGCAGGACACCCUGCAACCUGACCAGGUACAACAAAGAGCUCUCCAUGGUCAAGAUCCCCAGCAAGACCUCGGCCAAGUACCUGGAGAAGAAGUUCAAUAAGUCAGAAAAAUACAUCUCAGAGAAUAUUCUUGUGCUGGACAUAUUUUUUGAAGCACUCAACUACGAGACAAUUGAGCAGAAGAAAGCCUAUGAAGUGGCAGCCUUACUUGGUGACAUUGGAGGCCAGAUGGGGCUGUUUAUCGGUGCUAGCAUCCUCACCAUCCUCGAGCUCUUUGAUUAUAUAUACGAGCUGAUCAAGGAGAAAUUAUUAGACCUACUUGGGAAGGAGGAAGAGGAGGGGAGCCAUGAUGAAAACGUGAGCACUUGUGAUCCCAUGCCAAACCAUUCGGAAACCAUCAGCCACACUGUGAACGUGCCGCUCCAGGCCACGCUGGGAACGCUGGAGGAGAUCGCCUGCUGACACUGGACUGCUCCACAGGGCCAACACCCAAGGAAGGAAAACUGCACAGGGAAGCAGGGACCCAGCUCAGUCUCUGAUUUUCACUACCAGAAGGAAAUGGCCCAGCCAUCCCCUGAAAUCACCAUUACUAACGUCGUAGGCUGAAAAUUAGAAUAAAGAAACAAAAAGUCGCA